GAAGACACCGACUUCCCAGAAUGCAAUGCGGCGCGCGAAUUUGGAGUUUGUUAUGAAGUGGAAAGCUGGUGAAAACAUGGCAGCGGGGUGUUAUAUUCACACGUUAGCUUAACUUUUGUUAUGCUCAUCAAAGCGUGACAGUUAAUUGGACUUGUUGGUAAAACGGGAGUGAGGGCAGCUAGUUGAGAGUUUGGGAGGUGAAUGGAGGAUGAGCAGCCCAGGACAGAGCAGCGGGACAACCAGGGCAGCUGAUGACUUUGAAGACUUAUGGAGGCAACUCGGAGAGUGUCACCAGAAUGCACUGCAAGAAUUGGAGGCAAAAGUGAGCAAGCUGAAGAAGGACCGCUGCCUAGAUGCACAGAGGCUUGAACUGUUUUACACCCGCAACCAGCAGCUCAAGGAGCAAAACAAAGCCCUGCAGGAUGCCAUCAGUCUCUUGGAAGAAAGGCUUCGGACGGGAGAGUGUGAUCGAUGUGUCAUCUUGGAAGAAAACCUGAAAAAUAAUCAGGAUCAGAAUCUGAAGCUUAUUGCCAAACUGAAGAAUGAAAGCAGCCGUCUAGAGGAUGAAAACAGAAAACUAAGCACUGAACUACAAAAGUUAAAGAUGCUACGCAGUACAGAGACGUCCUCCCUGGAAGACGAAGACAGCAUCAUCCCAGACUCUCCUAUCAUGCCGAGCUCACUGCCCGCGGUGAACAAACUGAAGAAACGUAAAAAUACUGACAGAGUUAAGCAUGUUCGCUAUACAGAGAUGCCUCUGCUACAGUCUAAUAACUCACUCUUCAACGAGCUCAUUAAAGAUCCCGUUGGUGCCUCAAAGAAUCCUGGAAGAACAGACGUGCUUGUACCCAACACGUGUGAACUGGAUGCACCGAAGAUUUCAAAAGAUGUGAAUGAAGAAAGAUUCAUUGCAGAAACCUGUGGCUUUGAACUUCACACGGAAAUUGAGACUGCUGCAAGCCUGCAAAGCAGCACAAAAACAUCCCGGCAGCACGAAGCUCAAUCAAAGCCCCACUGCUCCUCCCGUCCACUCACACUCAUCCACAGUCCAGACUCGACCUCGGAAAGGUCCCCGUCUCUUCUACCACGUGUCAAACGGUUUUCAGAAGAUGGCUCCAUCUGCAAGGCAAAGCGGAAGAAAGAUUUGAGUGACCCAGAGGUGGAGGACUCCAAAAAAGGAGUCCAUGAAGGGGAGGGUGAACAGAAACAACCGAUCACACCUGUGAGGAGUCAGAGCUUCAAUAGGGAGCCACUUGACAGCAAGGGACACUUUGGACAAAACGAGACGUCCAGCCAAAAGCCAAAUGUUUCUUGUGUAAGUCCAGCUUUCAAGAAGCCAAACGUGAAGGCUAAAGCGGAUGUGGAUGGGAAGACGAGAACCUCUCUGCAGAAUGUGAAGUCUUCACACGGGCAGCAUGAAGCAAAAGACUCUGAAAGGAAGCGUGCAGUGGAGCCCACGUGGAGCAUUGACCCGGCGCUCGCCCUCUCCAUGUACGACACCGAAUACAGAGGAGACGAGGAAAUGGAAGAACAGCAGCAUCAUGAACUGGCAGAUACCGACUGCACCUGGGUCAGUCACAGCUUACUUCAGGCCCGGGACCGAGGAGACGGUGUUCCUGGACUAGGCGAGAAGGCAAAUGACAGUUUGGAUAUGUUGUUUGAAACAACCGCUUACGGGGAGUACAAGUCUUACAACAGUUUACAGUUAGAACAGAGCCAACACUGCAACGAUGAUGACGACAAACAAGAGGAGGAGGAAGACAAUGAAGAAGAUCCUCAUGAAAACACAUGUCAAAAUAAAGCCAAACACCCGACAUUUGCUCACGUGGCUGUGGUUCGCAAGAAAGCUGAGAGACGAAAACUGAAGGGAACAACCUGCAAGGAAUGUGAGAUUUACUACGCUCACCUGCCGGAGGAGGAAAAACAGAAAAAGUUGUCCGCUUGCUCGAGGCACCGUUUCCUCUACAUCCCUCCCUGUACUCCGGAAAACUUUUGGGAAGUUGGAUUCCCGUCAACACAAACGUGCAUCGACAGAGGUUACAUCAAGGAAGAGAAGAAUCCUCAGGCCCGUUUACGGAGAAGACAACCACUAAAUGCUUUAUUCUCCCCAAAGCAAAACGAGUAGGAGCCAAAACUGUUCGAAUUGACCUAGUUACUGUAAUUUGUGUAUGAAGAACAGACUGUUGAAGCUGCACUGGGAGUACAGUGACGCUCUGUUUAAUUCAGUGACGUUAAGAAGAAUGUCGACAUUGAGUCAUUUCAUUGAACCUCUGGUGCUGUUUUUUAUUCACAGACUGUUUAAUCCAGUUUCUUGUUGUAGAUAGUAUGUAUGGAUAAAUAAAUGUUUGCGUGUC